CUCAGCAUGAGAGUUAUGCAUAUCACUUUCUUCACCAACUGAACGCAUUACUUCCUUGUAACUGCUGUGUCAACAAUACAAAAAGCUUCGUACCCAGGUGUUGACAUAGUUGUCCAGCAAGCAGAAAGAUCCAACUACACUCUGCUAGAAUGAGUUCAGAGGUAAAUGUGACCUGUCAGCUCAAAAACAGUGAGAUUGGAAAUGUGUUCCUGAUGAUUUUCCUGAUGGUUGAGACACUUAUGGGCCUGCCAGGAAGCAUCCUGGCACUGUGGAUUUUCUGUUGUCGUAUGAAGUUCUGGAAAUCCCACAUCACUUUCCUCUUUAACCUUUGUCUGGCCGACUUCCUGCUCUUUGUCAGCGUGCCUUUCCGCAUCGACACCCACUGGCGAGGGGACAACUGGAAGUUUGGACAAGUUUGGUGCCGCAUUAACCUGUACAUGCUGUCUGUCAAUCGAUCUGCCAGUAUUGCUUUCAUGACAACGGUGGCACUGGACCGCUACUUGAAGGUGGUUCAUCCGCAUCACUGCAUCACUCGACUGAUUACGACUCGGGCGUACAAGCUUUCAGCUCUGAUAUGGCUCCUUGUGAUUCUGUAUCGGAUCCCAUUGUUGACUACCAACCUCCUCCAUACAGAGGAGAAGACCCAAAAAAAACUGUGUCGCAGCUUCCACUCCUACAAAGUAGUCCCCUUGCCAAUAAAGAUCCACUAUGUUGCUUACAUUUUAGAGUUCUUCCUGCCAUUGGUUUUGUUGCUCUUCUGCUCAGUCAGGAUUGCCUGCCAAGUGCAAAGGGUGAGAAUGGACAGAGAGAUGGUAAGACGCGCCAUCCGAGCUGUAAUGGUCAUCAAUAUAGUGUUCACCCUGUGCUUCAUGCCAGGUGUCUUCACAGGCCUGAUGGGGCUAUACAUAAAGACAUACCACCCAGACGCAUGUGAAUCCUACAGAACAUGGAUUAAUCUCUUCAUGGUGUGCAUUGGCUUGACCUACCUCAACAGUGCCUUGGACCCCGUCAUCUAUUUUUUCUCCAGCUCUGUAUUCCAUGACACUGUGAAGAACUCCCUUAAGUGCAAGAAAGACACCAGCAAAGAGAGUAACCUAUAACUGCUGACAAGUAAAGAUGGUUAAAUAUUCUGGAUUUCCAUGGACUGAAAACAUUUGAAACAGAAGUUUUACAUACAAUGGAUAAAAAGAGAUAUCACCUUUUUAUCUCACUGUCUCACAAUAAAUCUGACUCCUGUUUUGGGUCAGGUAGGAAAUUACUUGCUGUAUGGCAGAAUAAUGAGAGAAAUUAUGUUUCAAAUAAUUUUCCUGUAUGACUUGUGUUCAGUGUCUUGGGUAUCUUUCCACAACACCUCUUACGGUAGUUUGCUGCAAUUUUGGACCAUUCCUCUGCUUUACUUGAGUAAGGUUUGCAGGCCUGCCUUCAGGUUGCCUACAAAUUGUGUAUGGGUUGAGUUUAUGGUUUUGCGGUAGCCACUCCAAAACACUGAUUUUUGUUGUCCCCAAGCCACUUUGUAACUAAUGUGGCAAAACGUUUGUGCUUAUUGUCCAUUUGGAAGACACGUUUUUGUUCAAGCUUUAUCUUCCUAGAUGUCACCCAUGUAUUUCACUGUUGAAGAUGAUAUUCUCAUGCCUGCAAGCUUUCCUUUUUUGGUUUCAAUGUAAAGUUGGUCAUUUUGGACAAGACAUUCUACUUUAGAUUCAUCAGACCACAGGAAGAGUAUUUAAAUAUUAGGGUCUCUGUCCCCGAGUGCAUCUCCAAACCGCAGCCUGGGCUUUUAUGUUGCUUUUGGACUAUUGGCUUCUUCCUCGCUGAGGGACCUUUCAGCCUAUGUUAGUAUAGGACUUGUUUCACUGUGAAUAAUGAUGUGAGUAGUGAAUAAUGACCUUUAGCUUUUGUUCUAGGGUUUAUACACACAUUUAGCACCAAAACACACCCAUUUACUCAGGUGUUGUGAAUUAACCUAUUAACGUCUUACAAAUCCAUAACAUCAUCAGCAGAGUUUUUACAGGUUGUUCAGAGGCAUCGUAUUCUUAGUGCUGCUUAACUUCUGACUUUGAAGAGAAUAAGAAUUAAAUCUCUAAAAACAUGUCUGUAUUUUCACAUUUAACAAAUAUAAAUAAUUUUGUUAACCAUAACUGGCUUAAAGCAGAAAAGGUUUAAUUUGAUUUAAUGUCAGACAGUGAUAGAAAAAUUUUACAUUUCUUUUUAUACAGUGAAUGUAAACUCCCAGUUUCAAUGCUAAGUGUUUCCAAAGAUAAGAUAAUUGUUUACUGAUUUCUUAAUUUCUUUAUCCAGCCGGAUUCCAUUAAAACAAAAGAUCUCGUCUUUGUUGGAUUCCAGGUCUACAUGCAGCACACAUACCUAAAAAACAGAAGUUAUAUAUAACUUCUCCAUUACAAAAAUACUUAAUAGAAACAGUAAUGCAAAAGGACUGAAAAAACCAUAAAUCCAAUACAUUUCCACCAAGCCAGACCAGAAGGUUUCCUAGGUGGCUGUUCUUUUUAGUAAAGGUAUCGCUGGUAUCUUUAAGGUAAGGAUCAAUAGUGUGGUGAUGAGUAGUUAGUAUCCUUAUUUGCAGUAAAUUACAACGUUAACCCACUAAGGAUGGAUGAAGAGAAAGAAGUUCAAACUAUUUUGAUGACUAACCUGAGUGGGUUUCUAUAGACAGUUACUGCAGUCUGGGCUAGCAUUACUGUAUUUGGGAUUCCCCACCUUUUGCCAGACCAUCCCCUCAAAAAUCAUUUUAUUUUGAGAAUCUCUGCUGGUAACAUUUAGGAAGUAUUUUGUGUCCAUGCAAUGUACCUCAAAUCAUUUUCAUAUGCACUAAAAUAUCUUAAUAAAAACAUGACAUAGAAGCAUCCUGUAAUGAUCCACUGGAGUUAUGUUUUGGAUUUCAUCUAUGUUUUCAUUUUGCAAAUUUUUUUUUUUUAGGUGCUUUUCUCAGUUUAUUCGCUAUUGUUUUACCUCCUGUUUUACUUCAGUGUUUAUGUACAUUUUUGUAUUAUCAUUGUGUUAGAAGUCCUUCCUUGUGUCUUUCUCUGCUCUCAUUCCGCUUAUUAUUCUUCUCUCAUAUGCAGCAUGUCAAUGCCUGGUUCUCUGCCUUUGCUCUGUUGUCCUGGUCUCCCUGUAAGUUCCUUUAAUUAUUAAAACCUUUAAUCGCUUCUCA